UUAACGCUAUUAUCUAUUAAAAAUAACCUUCAAUCAAUUUCUCACUUUCUCUCAACCUCUCCUAUCGUCUUUGAGAACUUCACCUACCUAACCUCCUCUCUCUUUCUCUGAAACAGAGGACACGAAAUGGUAUCUGCAUCGUCCAAGACCAAAGCUUUAGACCCUCCGCUUCAUGCAUUAGGUUUCGAGAUCGAUGAGUUAUCUCCAACACGUGUCACGGGUCGUCUUCCCGUUUCUCCAAUCUGCUGCCAGCCUUUUAAGGUGUUACACGGUGGUGUAUCUGCUUUGAUCGCUGAGUCUUUAGCAAGUAUAGGAGCACACAUGGCUUCCGGUUUCAAAAGGGUCGCUGGGAUUCAACUCUCGAUCAAUCACGUAAAGAGUGCUGAUCUUGGAGACCUUGUCUUCGCCGAAGCAUCUCCUGUAAGCGCAGGAAAGACUAUUCAGGUUUGGGAAGUCAAGUUGUGGAAGUCAAAGGAAGGGUCAGAGAACAGAACGUUAAUAUCUUCCUCUAGAGUCACACUCCUCUGCAAUCUUCCUGUCCCUGAUCACGUCAAAGAUGCAUCAGACCCUCUCAAAUUGAUCUCUAAAUUGUAAAUCUCAAAGCUUUUUUUUUUAAUUUCUAUCUCUCUGUGAUUGUUUCUCUUGAUAAUGGCUUUUUAUUUUCGCUUGUAUGUAUCAUCCUUCUAAACACAUUCACCCUUUUUGGGUGAUAAUAAGCUUAAAAUGGCAAGGUUUAUUUAGGUCCC